AUUUUACUAUCUUCAAAAUGAUUUACUUCAAAUUCAGUUGGCUGCUAGUCGUAGUUCUACUCUUCAUUUCAUCGCAAAAUGCCUGCGCAGCUCGAAAGCGAAAAGGAUGGCCGAAAAUUACGUUUCCCAAAAUCAAAAUAGAUAUCCACCAUAACAAUAUUCAUAUUGGCUGAAAAUGGAUUCAUUUAAUAACAUUUUAGAGUAGUAGUUGUUGAAUAAAAUUACUUUAUUGUAGUGAUAUGUUUCGCCAUUAUAUGGUUGCUUUCAAAGAUUACUUAUUAAACAUUUAUUUCAUACAUACACAUUCUGUUUGAGAUAAGAGACCUGUAUA